AGUUUGCAAAAGCCAGAGGUGCAAGAAGCAGCGACUGCAGCAGCAGCAGCGGUGGCAGCAGCAGCAGCAGCGGCAGCAGCAGCGGAGGCACGGGCGGCAGCAGCAGCAGGAGCAGCAUCAGCAGCAACAACAACAACAAAAAAUCCUCAUCAAAUCCUCACCUAAGCUUUCAGUGUAUCCAGAUCCACAUCUUCACUCAAGCCGGGAGAGGGAAAGAGGAAAGGAGGGCAGGAAAAAAAAAACCCAACAACUUAGCGGAAACUUCUCAGAGAAUGCUCCAAAACUCAGCAGUGCUUCUGGUGCUGGUGAUCAGUGCUUCUGCAACCCAUGAGGCGGAGCAGAAUGACUCUGUGAGCCCCAGGAAAUCCCGAGUGGCGGCUCAAAACUCAGCUGAAGUGGUUCGCUGCCUCAACAGUGCUCUACAGGUUGGCUGCGGGGCUUUUGCAUGCCUGGAAAACUCCACCUGUGACACAGAUGGGAUGUAUGACAUCUGUAAAUCCUUCUUGUACAGCGCUGCUAAAUUUGACACUCAGGGAAAAGCAUUCGUCAAAGAGAGCUUAAAGUGCAUCGCCAACGGGGUCACCUCCAAGGUAUUCCUCGCCAUUCGGAGGUGCUCCACGUUCCAAAGGAUGAUUGCUGAGGUGCAGGAAGAGUGCUACAGCAAGCUGAACGUGUGCAGCAUCGCCAAGCGGAACCCCGAAGCCAUCACUGAGGUCGUCCAGCUGCCCAAUCACUUCUCCAACAGAUACUACAACAGACUUGUCCGAAGCCUGCUGGAAUGUGAUGAAGACACAGUCAGCACAAUCAGAGACAGCCUGAUGGAGAAAAUUGGACCUAACAUGGCCAGCCUCUUCCACAUCCUGCAGACAGACCACUGUGCCCAAACACACCCACGAGCUGACUUCAACAGGAGACGCACCAAUGAGCCGCAGAAGCUGAAAGUCCUCCUCAGGAACCUCCGAGGUGAGGAGGACUCUCCCUCCCACAUCAAACGCACAUCCCAUGAGAGUGCAUAACCAGGGAGAGGUUAUUCACAACCUCGCCAAACUAGUAUCAUUUUAGGGGUGUUGACACACCAAUUUUGAGUGUACUGUGCCUGGUUUGAUUUUUUUAAAGUAGUUCCUAUUUUCUAUCCCCCUUAAAGAAAAUUGCAUGAAACUAGGCUUCUGUAAUCAAUAUCCCAACAUUCUACAAUGGCAGCGUUCCCACCAACAAAAUCCAUGUGAUCAUUCUGCCUCUCCUCAGGAGAAAGUACCCUCUUUUACCAACUUCCUCUGCCAUGUUUUUUCCCCUGCUCCCCUGAGACCACCCCCAAAUACAAAACAUUCAUGUAGCUCUCCAGCCAUUGUAAUUUGAAGAUGUGGAUCCCUUUAGAACGGUUGCCCCAGUAGAGUUAGCUGAUAAGAAAACUUUAUUUAAAUGCAUGUCUUAAAUGCUCAUAAAGAUGUUAAAUGGAAUUCGUGUUAUGAAUCUGUGCUGGCCAUGGACGAAUAUGAAUGUCACAUUUGAAUUCUUGAUCUCUAAUGAGCUAGUGUCUUAUGGUCUUGAUCCUCCAAUGUCUAAUUUUCUUUCCGACACAUUUACCAAAUUGCUUGAGCCUGGCUGUCCAACCAGACUUUGAGCCUGCAUCUUCUUGCAUCUAAUGAAAAACAAAAAGCUAACAUCUUUAUGUACUGUAACUGCUCAGAGCUUUAAAAGUAUCUUUAACAAUUGUCUUAAAACCAGAGAAUCUUAAGGUCUAACUGUGGAAUAUAAAUAGCUGAAAACUAAUGUACUGUACAUAAAUUCCAGAGGACUCUGCUUAAACAAAGCAGUAUAUAAUAACUUUAUUGCAUAUAGAUUUAGUUUUGUAACUUAGCUUUAUUUUUCUUUUCCUGGGAAUGGAAUAACUAUCUCACUUCCAGAUAUCCACAUAAAUGCUCCUUGUGGCCUUUUUUAUAACUAAGGGGGUAGAAGUAGUUUUAAUUCAACAUCAAAACUUAAGAUGGGCCUGUAUGAGACAGGAAAAACCAACAGGUUUAUCCGAAGGACCCCAGGUAAGAUGUUAAUCUCCCAGCCCACCUCAACCCAGAGGCUACUCUUGACUUAGACCUAUACUGAAAGAUCUCUGUCACAUCCAACUGGAAAUUCCGGGAACCAAAAAGAUCAUCCCUAUGGGCUUGGACCACUUACAGUGUGAUAAAGCCUACUACACAUUAGGAAGUGGCAGUUCUUUACUCGUCCCCUUUCAUCGGUGCCUGGUACUCUGGCAAAUGAUGAUGGGGUGGGAGACUUUCCAUUAAAUCAAUCAGGAAUGAGUCAAUCAGCCUUUGGGUCUUUAGUCCGGGGGACUUGGGGCUGAGAGAGUAUAAAUAACCCUGGGCUGUCCAGCCUUAAUAGACUUCUCUUACAUUUUCGUCCUGUAGCACGCUGCCUGCCAAAGUAGUCCUGGCAGCUGGGCCAUCUCUGUAGGAUCGUAAAAAAAUAGAAAAAAAA